CAACCUCUUUGACCGAUACUUGUUGUAAAUACCUUCACCAUGGCGUGGAAAGACCAUCUUAAGCGUCUCAAGAAUGAAUUCCAAAGUCUAGUCGGUGAGCCAGAAGCUCAGAACCAAAACCAAAACCAAAACCAAAAUCAGCAAUAUUACCCCCCACCGCCUCCUCCUCCCCAAGAGCAACAGCAACAGCCCAUGGGUGGCGGCCAGAACCAGAGUCAGCAAGGACACGUCUACUGGCAGCCCCAAUUCCGCCCCGACGCCCCCGUUACUUCGGAGUGGGACGCAAAGAUCGGUAACGGCCCGGACGGCUGGGGUAAUCAGGAGCUACAGCACUACACCGCCGAUCAACAAAACGCCUUCCACACUCCUGAUGGAAAGCUUGUUUUGCGUGCCAUUGCAAACAAUGCAGAAUCCAACCAUGAGAAGCGGUAUACGUCUGCCAGACUCGUGAGUCGUCAGACACUCUCCCGCGACCAAGGCGUCCUCACCGCCUGGCUCACUUCGCCAUGCGCGACAGGUAUUUGGCCUGCAUUCUGGCUUCUGCCGCAGGAGCCCUUUUCCUGGCCCACUGAUGGAGAAGUCGACAUAGCGGAGACGUGGAACGGCGACUUGGAGAACCACUCGUGUCUCCACUGGGGCCACCACCAUGAGCCGGACAAGCACCGCGUUCUUGGCACCAAGAUUCCCGACAUGCAGUAUCGGCCUGUGCGGUAUGACCUGGCGUGGCUUCAGCCAGGUGGACAAGCUGGCCAGGGCAGGAUGGUCUGGUACAUUGACGGUAGACCCGUCAUGAAGGGGGAGAUUCCUGCGGGGACGAGGCCGAUGAGGGACAUGAAUAUUCUUUUGAAUGUUGCCAUGGGCGGAAAUGUUUGCGGUGGCAAGACACCCUCGGAUGGACAGUACGAUAUGGUUGUGCACAGUCUGUAUAUGGGGAGUGAGCCUGAGCAUGGAGGAUGGCAUAGAUUCGAGUCUGAUUGGGCUGCUGCUCCUAUGGGUAACACGUACUAGCGGUCCCAACGAUAUGAAAACACAUAUUUCUGUGGUCCUGUCUCACAUAUUACUUGCGUUUCAACUGCGUACAUGAUCUGAGAAUCGCAACAUUAUCGGAUCAUAUUAACUUUCAACCAGCAGAUGCACAAUCAUGCACGACACAUUGAUAUAGAUUGAGAUCUAUAUCGGUUGAUGCUAUUGUUAGAGUCAGGGCGGACGAUUGUUCUUAUCACUGAUAAGAUAACGAUAAGGCAUAUGUGAGAUAAGAUACAAGAUAAGAUAAGGAUCAUGGAUGGAAUUAAUGGCCCCAGUUUAUCCUGUUCAACUUACUGUUGCACUCGGAGUUAGCCAUUUGAUUCUGUCACGCGAUCUCCAAACUCUAAAUAUA